ACUUCACAAAAACAAAACCCACUCUCUCUCCCUAAUACCCUCUCCUUCCGUUACUCUUUCUCUGCCUUCUCUCUACUAAAUUCACCCAAAAAUUCACUGUAGUAGGUCUAAUCCUCUUCCUUGUUGUAGAAUUUAGGGUUGAAGCAAGAUCAGAACCACUUCCUCAAGCUGAGUCUUUCUUUCCUACGCAAUUUGUUCUCAGCAUUGGCAAUUAUAAUUCAGUGCCUUAGGUUGGGAGAUUGAGGUAUUCUCUUUGGUUGAAGAGUCAUUUCUAGUGGAAAUUCUAAAGAAGGUAUUUGUACAAAAUUCGCUCAAACCGGUGGCUCAUCGUUACUGUGGAGCACCGUUCCAGAUCUGGUGGCCUCAAGAUGAAAACCUGUUAUCUCACUCUUUGCUUUGUGUUAGCUUCGGUCUUACCCUUAUCAUCAACAGCACCAUCAUAUCCCACAAAACACACUCCUGCUUUGUAUGUUUUUGGUGACUCUCUCGUUGAUUGUGGAAACAACAACCAUCUUCCAACUGGUGGACCUUCUUUUCUGCCUUAUGGUAUAGACUUCAUGCAUGGCAAACCUACAGGCCGAGCCACAAAUGGAAAAACUGUCGCUGAUUUCCUAGCUAUACAUCUAGGACUACCCUUAACCCCUCCCUACUUGGGACUUUCGAAGCAUCACAGGAACAAAGUAAGAACGGGCAUUAAUUAUGCAUCUGCUGGGUCUGGUGUUCUGCCAGAUACCAACAACGAUACGUCUUUGACACUAGACAAACAAAUUAAGUUCUUCCAUAGGACUAUUAAGCAUAAUUUGCCAAAGACGUUCACCGAGAAUGAAGAAUUAGAGAAGCAUAUUUCUGAAUCCUUGUUUUUUGUCUCUACGGGUGUCAAUGAUUACUUCCACAACGGAACCUUCCGCGGCAACAAGAGCUUUGCCUUUUUCCUUCUUCGUGAAAUCACCCUGCGCAUCAAGAGAAUGUAUAGCCUAGGAGCAAGAAAAUUUUUAGUAAACAACAUUCCCCCAGCAGGUUGCUUUCCGUCGAAAGCUAUCCACACAAGACCAAUAGGAAAAUGUGAUGGGAAAAUAAACAAAGGAAUCACCUUUUAUAAUAAGAGGUUGCAUGAAGUACUGCAUCAGCUCCAAUCAAAGCUUCCUGGCUUCACCUUUAUACAUGCAGAUCUCUAUGGGUUCCUUAAGAAAAUGCGACAGAACGGAAGUUACUAUGUUUUAUUUGCAGGGAUAGUGGAAACAUGGAAACCUUGUUGCCCCAAUACCAUUUAUGGUGAUCUGAAAUGCCAGCCCAGGAGUGUUCCUUGUGCAAACAGAAACACUCAUCUUUUCUUUGAUCAAAACCACCCUUCCCAAAUCGCAAACCAAGAAUAUGCGCGGCUCUGCUUCAAUGAGAAGAUUAUUUGCAAGCCCUGGGGUCUCAAACUGUUCUAGCAACCCUAGUGUGUUUGCUUUGUCGUGAUUCCUAUCAAAAUCCUAGAUAGAGUAACUACUACAUUAUAGAAAGUACAAGGAGAUUGUGCAUAAAAUAUAAUUAUCAAAUAAAAAGAUUUAUAACAUUCCGUCACUUGAAA